AUGACUGCAUUUGCAGGUGCAGGUGCUAGUUAUAGUCUUAUCACAUUCAUUUCGUUGGCAUUCUAUCCGUUACAAACUACAGUUAGUGUGGAGUCAACUGCAUCGAUUGAAAAACUGGCAGAAACAGGUAGAAGUACUGAUCGAUCGAACAUAAGUCUUGAUAAUGAUAUGGCACUGAAUGGAACAGACAGUAAAGCGGACGAUUUGCUUCUUUCUGAUUUUCCACAAAAAAGUUCACCUAGAGAAAAACCGAGUCUUAUCUGUCGAAAGCAAGAAACAGAAAAAGAUCUGACUGAUAAGCAAAAAGUAGGGAUUAAUUUGCUCCAUUUUGUGGCUGCAAGCACAAUGAAAUUUGCAGCAAGCUGUAGUAUUCAAGAGGAUUAA